AUGCGGCAGCGAGGGUUUUCCGUGGCUUUGCCCGGGCUACAACCGCAGACCUGCGAAAGUGAAAUUUCACAGAAGGACGGACGCUUGACAUUUUACCCAGGAAAUCAGACUGUGGAUUUGCCUUUCAUAAAUUUUAUGAAAAGAUAUGGCACUGUCUUUCUCAAUGCCUAUACCAAUUCUCCAAUUUGUUGUCCUUCCCGUGCAGCUAUGUGGAGUGGUCUUUUCACUCAUUUAACAGAAUCUUGGAAUAACUUCAAAGGUCUAGAUCCAGAUUAUGUAACGUGGAUGGAUCUCAUGGAGAAGCAUGGCUACCACACACAGAAGUAUGGGAAAUUGGACUAUACUUCUGGACAUCAUUCAGUAAGUAACCGUGUGGAAGCCUGGACGAGGGAUGUUGACUUCCUGCUCCGGCAAGAAGGGAGACCCAUGGUAAAUCUUACUGGAGAUAAGAAGCAUGUGAGAGUGAUGGAAGCUGACUGGCGGAAUACUGAUAAAGCAGUAAAUUGGAUAAAGGAAGAAGCCAUUAACCUUACUCAACCGUUUGUUCUUUACUUGGGACUAAAUUUACCACACCCAUAUCCAUCACCCUAUGCGGGAGAAAAUUUUGGAUCCUCUACGUUUUUAACAUCUCCCUAUUGGCUUGAAAAGGUAACUUAUGAAGCUAUUAAAAUACCCAAGUGGUCUUCUCUUUCAGAGAUGCAUCCAGUAGACUAUUACUCAUCUUACACCAAGAACUGCACAGGAGAGUUUACAAAGCAAGAAGUGAGAAAUAUUAGGGCAUUUUAUUAUGCUAUGUGUGCGGAGACAGAUGCCAUGCUGGGUGAGAUUAUUUCAGCUCUGAGAGAUACUGGGCUUCUUAAAAAAACAAUCGUUAUAUUCACUGCGGAUCAUGGAGAACUUGCUAUGGAACACAGGCAGUUCUAUAAAAUGAGCAUGUAUGAAGGAAGUUCCCAUGUUCCUCUUUUAGUUAUGGGGCCAGGUGUAAAAGAACGGCAGCAAGUACCAAAUGUGGUAUCUCUUGUGGAUAUAUAUCCUACUAUGCUUGAUAUAGCAAGAAUUCCUGUCCCGCGGAACCUCAGUGGGUAUUCUCUUAUACCACUGCUACAUGGAAAGGCUGAAAACGAAGUGUCACCCAGAGCGCCUCGGCCGUCGUGGGUGUUGAGUGAGUUCCACGGAUGCAAUGUGAAUUCUUCCAUGUACAUGCUUCGAACUGGCAAAUGGAAAUAUAUCACGUACUCAGAUGGCCAUUCAGUACUUCCACAACUGUUUGACCUUACUGCCGAUCCAGAUGAGCUAACAAACGUUGCCAUAAAAUUCCCAGUAAUUGUACGUUCCUUGGACAAAACACUCCGCUCUAUAGUAAACUAUCCAGAGGUUUCUUCUUCCGUUCAGGAGUAUAACAAAAGACAGUUUAUCAGUUGGAAACAAAGUUUGGGUCAGAAUUACUCAAAUGUUAUUGCCAGCCUUAGGUGGCAUCAAGACUGGUUAAAGGAACCAAAAAAAUAUGAGAAUGCAAUUGACAAGUGGCUUAGUCAAAUUUGCGUUCAGCGUCUGGGGCUCCUGAAGGGCGUCAGUCAGACUGGGAAUCCACCGCGACAGCCAGAUGUGGGGAUGCGGGUGUACCUCCCGCUCCGUCAGGAUCAAUGCCGCUCUGGUAGCGGGUUGGUAGCUCAGGAUUCUGUCAUGGGACCUGGGAGGGUUAUGUGGGCCAUGGUACAUGUCCACUUCAUGGAUGAGAAAGUGGCCAACAGCAGGCCAGCGGUAAGACUGGGUGGAAGUUCCUGUAAACUGGAAAGCAGAGAGUUGGUCCUUGUGGUUGAUCGUGUGCAAAUCAGAUAG